AUGAUUAAGUACCGCAAGUCCUGGCGACAAGAACCAAGCAACGGGAGUCAACAACAACAACAACCUAAAUCAAAGAGAAGGUGCCUCAAAUCAGUGGUUGCUAUGGCAACUCCUGGGUUCUCUGAGGACCUUCAGCCUCAGCAGGCUAACAUCGUAACCAUAACAACAGCAGCAGCAGCCACACCUUCCUCCACAAAGGGUGCUCACUUCCUGUCCGACAUCCCCCCGGCUUCCAGAACCACCCAGUCCUCCCUGGCCUCCAACAGCACGCAGGCUGCCCCCUCACAGAGCCAGAAGACAGUGGUCCUGGCCAAUCCCACCCAGCACUAUGUGACCAGUGAGGUUCUUCACUCUGCAACUCAAAAGAGCAACGGUGAGAGCAGCUCCCCACAGUACACCGCAGUGACAGAGGGCUCGGUUCACUCCACUGACAGUCUCUCUGACACCAGCCCACCUGCUCAAAGUGGAGUCCCCACUCAGGUGGUGCACGCGGCGCAGACCACAGCACACCAGAGGUCAGUGUUGCAGGCCGUCUUACAAGCAGCAAAGAGAGCUCAGUCAGGCCACUUAAACCAGGAGGUGGAGCAUGUGUUCUCUGGUCAGGUGCAGUAUGUUGAUGGAGCUGGUGACGCCCCGUUCUCUGCGUCUGCAAUCCGUUCAAGCAACUAUUCUUUCUCCAACUCGCCGCUCUAUUCUCAAACUCCUCCGACUUCGUCCUCCAACUUCUAUGAAGCCACAUCAAGCUCGGAGUCGGACAUACCUGGAGCUGUGGCCUCUCAGGCUCUGUCGGUGGCGACAACUGCAGCCAACGCAGUCACAGGCAGCGCGGGCUACAUGCUCCCAGGAGGCUAUCUGCUGGGAGCAGCUCAAAGUUUCUCUGGAUCUAACUCUCGUGCUCCACCUGCCACUGUACAAUGGCUGGUUGACAACUAUGAGGGCGCAGAAGGCGUGAGCUUACCCCGCUGCACUCUUUACUAUCACUAUCUGCUGCACUGUCAGGAGCAGAAACUGGAGCCUGUCAAUGCGGCUUCUUUUGGAAAACUUAUUAGGUCUGUGUUUUUGGGUUUGCGCACAAGGAGAUUAGGGACAAGAGGGAACUCCAAGUACCACUACUACGGCCUGAGGAUAAAGUCGGGUUCCUCUCUGCUCAGACUGAUGGAUGAGCAUCAGCACAUGGCCAUGAGGCAGCAGCCAUUCUCACAGAAAACACGAGUAAAGCAGGUUCAGAAGGCACAGGGGGUUGCUAAUGGGACGUCAGGUGGAGCAGGUCAGCAGCAGGCAACAGGACUGUGUGACAUCUCUGCUCAGGUUCAACAGUACCAGCAGUUUCUGGGAACAUCAUCUCUGCCAAAGUUUGGAGACAUUGAUUUACAAGAUCAAGUGCUCCCUGAAGGAGUCCUUUUGGAGCAUCUCAGGGCCUUUCAAAGUCUCUACAGAGAACAUUGUGAGGCGGUUAUGGACGUCAUUAUUAAUCUGCAGUUCACUCUUGUGGAAACACUGUGGAAGUCCUUCUGGAGGUUUAGUCAAAAUGACACAGAAUCCCUUAAUCUACACAACGAGUCGGAGAAGCGCCUGCCUAAAUCCUGUCUUGUGAUGCUGUGUAAGUUUGAGCCUAUUCUCCACUGGACCAAAGAAUGUGACAACCUGCUCUACCAGGCUCUUGUGGAGAUCCUCAUUCCCGAUGUGUUGAGACCUAUUCCCAGUGCCUUAACUCAGGCCAUUCGCAAUUUUGCUAAAAGUUUGGAGAUUUGGCUCACUGGUGCCUUGAUGAACAUCCCUGAGGAGAUGGUUCGCAUUAAGGUAGUUUGUGUGAACUCUUAUGCCCAAACUCUGCGCCGCUACACCAGCCUCAACCACUUGGCCCAAGCAGCACGAGCGGUCCUCCAGAACUCUGCUCAGAUCACACAAAUGCUCUCAGACUUAAACAGAGUGGAUUUCACCAACGUUCAGGAGCAGGCGGCCUGGGUAUGUCAGUGUGAAGAUGCCAUGGUUCAGCGUUUGGAGCAAGAUUUCAAAAUGACCCUUCAGCAGCAGAACUCCCUGGAACAGUGGGCAUUGUGGCUGGACAGUGUUGUCACUCAGGUGCUUAAACCCUUUGAAAACAACCCAGUCACUUUACCGAAGGCAGCUAAAGCCUUUCUGCUCAACUGGUCGUUUUACAGUUCAAUGGUGAUCCGGGACCUGACUCUACGCAGCGCUGCAAGCUUUGGCUCUUUCCACCUGAUCCGCCUGUUGUAUGACGAGUACAUGUACUACCUGAUAGAGCACAGGGUGGCCCAGGCCAAAGGAGAGACUCCCAUUGCAGUGAUGGGAGAGUUUGCCAGCACAGUAAAGAGACAGAGCUCAGGAGAUAUGGAGAAAGACGAGGAAGAGGAGGAGGAAGACGAUGACAGUGAUGAAGAGAGUGGGGACAUAGUGCUUCAGUCCAGACCUCUUAACGUCAUCUCAGCAGAGAAAGAGUCUCUGGAGCCUCCACUCAAACAGCCCAGGACAAGCCUCAAUCUGCUGCCGGAGACACACGGGUCAUCUUAG